CUUUCCAAUCCCUAAUACAUCGUUUUCAAUGUGACUUUUCCAAGGUUAUGCAGGAUUCGGAACCCAUAUUCUCAGACUUCAGUCCUGCCCUCUUUCCAGUCUACUACGAGUUUCAGUACGAGUCCAAACGAAGACUUCAAAUCCCAGCAUGCAGCGCAGUGGAGGGGGGGGACAGGAAGUGGCUGAGAGUAUAAUCUGCACAGUGAAGAAAGGAGGGCAAUUUAAAAAUCGAGGAGCCUUCAAGGUCUUUCAAAACGGUCCCUGGGAGCCACGUCCUGAUUCACACUCCUAGGGGCCAGUGUCCAGUGUCCAGUUUAAGGUUACCCUUCCCCGCAGUCGAAGAUUCGAGAAGGGCGGAAGUCGCAAGGUUGAGGCUUUUUAGGAUAACGCGCUUGCGCAGCCUUCCCCUGUGAAGAGGACACGGUGAAUGGAGAGAAUCUUCUGCUGCUGCUGCUGGUCAGGUUUCUGUAAUAAUGUUUACCUGUGAUAUUUGUGGAGAAAUAGUAGCCUCUGAACAAGACAUGAAGACUCAUCUUCUUUUGACUCAUAUGGAAAAUGAAGUUGUCUGUCCUUUUUGCAAAUUAUCUGGUGUGAAUUAUGAUGAAAUGUGUUUCCAUAUUGAAGCAGCUCAUUUUGAACAAAAUGAAAAUGAAAGAGUCAUGGAAAAAGUUAAUCAAGUACAAUGUCGAACUCCUGAUAGAAAAACUGAAAAAGAAAACUCUCAUCAUUAUAGAAUGGAAGUUAGUGAAGAUGUUUAUUCUGCUUGUGCAUCAAAUGAUCUGAAAUUUACAGAUCACAGUCACUCUAAGGAUACUUCUUUAAAGCGUAAAGCCUUUCAUUCAGAGAAUUUGACUGAACUGAGAGAGUUACAAGAAAAUAGAUUGAAUCUGUAUGACUUAACUGAAAUAAAUAAAUCACUGUCCAGUAUUCCAGAAUGCCCAUUCUGUGGGAAAAUAGAACCAUGUAAUGAAGAUUUGGAAACACAUGUGAAAACAAAGCAUGCCAAUCUUUUAGACACUCCAGCAGAAGGUCGAAAUCAGCCAUUCUAUGAAUGCCCAAUAUGUGGUCUUAUCUGCACAAAUUAUCAGAUUCUACAUGAACAUAUUGAUUUACAUUUAGAAGAAAGUCAUUUUGAAGGGGUAAGUAAAGGCUCUAGUGACCUGGAAUUGGCUCGUCAGCUCCAGCAAGAAGAAGAUAGAAACAGGAUGUCUGAAGGGUCAAGACAAGAAAUAGAAGAAUUCCAAAAAUUGCAGAAACAAUAUGGUUUAGAUGGUUCUGGAGGUUAUAAACAACAGCAACUGAGAAAUAUGGAAAUUGAAGUACGUAGAGGAAGGAUGCAGCCAAUUGAGUUUCAUAAAAGAAAAGCUGAUAUGCUGGAAUCAUUAGCUUUUGGCAUAGAUGAUGGCAAAACAAGGACUUCUGGAAUAAUUGAAUCCCUCCAUAGGCAUUAUCAGAAUGAAGCCAGAGAAGUGAGGCGAGUGUGGCUUUCCACAGGAGUAGAUCAUUUUUAUUCAUCUUUAGGAGACAAAGGUUGGGGUUGUGGCUACAGAAAUUUCCAAAUGCUACUUUCAUCUCUGUUGCGAAAUGAUUCUUACAAGGACUGCUUGAAAGAUAUAUCAAUUCCCUGUAUUCCAAAAAUUCAGUCCAUGAUUGAAGAUGCUUGGAAAGAAGGGUUUGAUCCUCAGGGUGCCUCUCAACUCAACAACAGGUUACAAGGAACAAAAGCCUGGAUUGGAGCAUGUGAAAUAUAUUCAUUAUUAACUUCUCUCAGGCUAAAGUGUCGAAUUGUUGAUUUUCACAAGCCUACUGGCCCUUUGGGCACACACCCUCGAUUAUUUGAGUGGAUAUUGAAUUACUAUUCUUCAGGCAGAGAAGGAGGUCUAAAGGUAGUAUGUUCCUCCAAGCCUCCCAUCUAUCUACAGCAUCAAGGACACAGCCGAACUAUUAUUGGAAUUGAAGAGAGAAAGAACAGAACCCUCUGUUUACUAAUAUUUGACCCAGGCUGUCCUUCUCGGGAAAUGCAGAAACUAUUAAAACAAGACAUUGAGAGCACCAGUCUCAAACAGCUCUGGCGAUUUGUGGGAAAUUUGAAGCAUAAGCAGUACCAGAUAGUAGCUGUAGAGGGUGUACUUUCUUCAGAAGAGAAAGCUGCUCGAAUGAAAGCUUCCCAAAUCUUUACAGCUGAGAGAAUUCCUUGAAGAACUAUACAGUUCCCAGAUGACCUGUAACAUUUCUUGAAUUCAGAAAUAACUCAUACAUGCAACUUUCAAAUCCUUAUAUUUACUAAGCAGUCAUCAGUCGAGAGGACUUUUACGGAUUUUCUAACAUGUCUAAAUUAUGUUGCUAGCUUUUCAUUAUUUAAUAGAUUUAAUAAACUCUCUUUGUUACAUUGAAA